AUGCCUGUGGGUGAUAAGAAGCCAGUUAAAGUGGAAUCCAAACACAAGGAGAUCGAACAUAGUUAUAGCCCUGGAGAUGUUGUUGAAGUCAGUAGCGAUGAAGAGGGUUUCGAGGGCGCUUGGUUUGUUGCAAAAAUUGUGAAAAAACUAAACGAUAAGUAUCUUAUAGAGUAUCAAACCCUCAAGGAUGAUGACGGCAGAACUCUCCUGAGAGAAGAAGUCGAUAGCCUCCACAUAAGGCCGUGCCCGCCAGAUGUUGAAAUUGUGGAUCGUUUUGAAGUUGGCGAGGAAGUUGAUGCUUUCUACAAUGACGGUUGGUGGACGGGCAUCAUUUCUAAGCUCCUAAUAAAAGAGAAGUAUUCUGUGUACUUCAGUGCAAGUGAGGAGCUAAUAAAGUUUAACCACACUGAUUUGCGUGUACAUCAGAACUGGGUUAAUGGCAAGUGGGAGACAUCCAAGAAUCGGAAGUCAUAG